UGGUGCCUUCCCGGAAGGGUCAGAGGCGGGCUCGGUGAGUGGAGUCGGACGGUGGGUGGGUGCCCUGACUGCCUGACGGCCGCGCAGGGCCCUGCAGGACCGCUGGGGAGGAUGUUGUUAACGUAAAGAGCCAGGCUGAUGAGGAAAGCUCAUGAGUCCUUUGGGUAUAAGCGGGAGUUGGGGCGGCCGGAGGGCAGAUGACUCUGAGAAGGGCAAGCACUUUCAGCUUUUAAGCCCAAACAGAUGAGUUGCCUGCAGUUUUGGAGGCCUUCAGAGCAUUUCACUAGACCUCUGUCUGUGUCGGUCCAGUGUCUUUAGCCAAGCUUUGAUUAAAGAUGACUUCCUUGUUUGCUCAAGAAAUUCGCCUUUCUAAAAGACAUGAAGAAAUAGUAUCACAAAGAUUAAUGUUACUUCAACAAAUGGAGAAUAAAUUGGGUGAUCAACACACAGAAAAGGCAUCUCAACUCCAAACUGUUGAGACUGCUUCUAAAAGGAACCUUAGUCUUUUAAAGGAUAUAGAAGCAGCAGAAAAGUCACUACAGACCAGGAUUCACCCACUUCCACGGCCUGAGGUGGUUUCUCUUGAGACUCGUUACUGGGCAUCAGUAGAAGAAUAUAUUCCCAAAUGGGAACAGUUUCUUUUAGGAAGAGCACCAUAUCCUUUUGCUGUUGAAAAUCAAAAUGAAGCAGAAAAUACCAUUCAAAAUGAGGCACAGCGAUAACUUCUUCACAUGCUAUUUCAAAAACCCUGUUUAAUAAAGCUGAAUGUUAAGGUAUAUGUAGGUUAUUGCAGGAACUUUAGGAAUUAAAUAUGUUCAUAUUCUUCCAUUAUCUCCUAAGUGACAGUGAAGAUAUGAGAAUUUACUGGCAAGUCUCAUGUCAUCACCUACUACUAUUUCAAGGUCAUGAAUUUGCUUUCUACCAAACCCAUAGAUGUGUUAAACACUAAUAUUAAAAGAUGGACUCUUUAUUAAUUAAAUUAUUGUCAGUGUUGUGAGUGUGUUGCUUUAAAAAAAAAAUUACAAUCAUUCUCCUCUAAGCAGGUAUCUUGGUUCUGGUUUUAAGUUUUUUAGAAUCCUUACUUUUUAGGGUCAAGGUAUAGGAUCAACAUGGUUCUUUUUUUUUUUUUUUAAACCAUUAUUGUUUCUUUUAACAAAUUAAAAGACAAUGAUACCUAAACUGCUCUAGCAAAAUAACUUAUGAGAAAAUAAAUUCAUAGGAUUUUGUCCCUCACAGAUAGCCAAAGCUCUACAAGUCCUGGAGACAGAAAGAAUUGAACUAUAAAGCAGUCAAUAAGUAGCCAAUUUCAAGAAGACUCAGACUUAGUUUUGGAAAAGGAUGCCUUUUAGAGCUGGGAAUGGUUAUUGGAUUUUGACUUGGUUAUUUAAGGAUUGCCAACUUUGUGAAUGCAAAUAACCCCACUCUUGUCUUUUCAUCUUUAAACUUCCCCUUCCCGCUUCCUUCUAACUUAAUUAUUCCUGAAAAAACCGUCAGUCAGAAAGCAUUGGGUCACAACCCUAAACAGCUUUGAGAUUCCUCAGUCCACCACUGCUUGAGCACUAAAAAAAAAAAAAUACAUAUAUAUAUAUAUAACUUUCCAACUAUAGAGGCAGCCUCUGCUAGUAAAGGGUACCUAUGCUAUAUUACAAUGAAAUGUUUUAAAUUUCAAACUGGUUUAUGUUUUUAAAAGAAGACAAUAGGAAAAGCUAAAUACACAGCAACAACAACAACUAUAUUGAAACGUCCAUUGUGCCGAUAAGUUCCUUUAAACUACCAUCUUGGAAAUAUCCUGUUGAGUGGGUGUUGGUGUGGGUAACAAUAAUGUUGUUUUCAUAAUAUGUGCUGGCAGAUUAGCACACUUCUCUACAGUGUUAACAGUUGUAAUUAAGGAAUAAACAGCACAGGGUGUCAGUCCGAUGACAAUUUCAUCUAUAGUGUCACAAUACAAAAUGUCACAAAAUAUUAGAACUGUUAUAUAACUAUAAAAAGUAUCAGCUUAAAAGCUAAAAGCCUUUGAAAAAAGAAGACAGAGGAAGGAAGAAAAAAGAAAACUGGCAUAGCAACCAGAACAAUUUUAUACCUUCUCAAGAAUGUUCUGUCAUGAAAAUAAAUUGAUAAUUUUUUUCUGUUACAUUACAGUUUGGUUUCUAGCCAUCCAGUUGAUUUAGCAGGAGAAUGCAGGUUUUUUUAGCAGCUUUGAAUUGGUAAACAGAUUUAGAUGUAGUAGAAAGGAACAUGAGGAAGUUGUUUUUUUUUUUAACAUCCAAUCUUUCCCAGCAUAUGCACAUAAGAAGGUGAAUGAAGCAAUGUGAAACUUACUUCUCUUUAGUCAAGUGAAAAAAAGGCUAAACAUUUGUUAGAUGGUAAAAUAUUGUGUCAAGCGAGUAGGCAAAUUCCAAAAUUACACAGUGGUUGAUACAUUAACAUCCUCAAAUAUUUGAGCGUGCACUUCCUUUGAGAUCUGUAAAUUAAAUCACCAGUAGGUUAGAUUAAAAUACAAAGCAAAUGGCAAUCUAACCAUCUCAGAAAAGGUUCAGGUUUUUUUCUCUCCAAAAUUGAGAACUUGCUAAAUAAUUUUUGAAAAGCAUAAACGUAAUACACCCUGGGUUAUGAUCGAGGACAGAAGGGAAGGCAUUUCCAAGGCUCCUGCUGUAGUGUUUUUCCCAUUUUUGUUAAUACCUCAAAAACUCCCAGAGUUGACUUUAUUCCUGGCCCCUGCAGAGCUUCCCUCCCCACCCCCACCUUGUAGACUGUAACAGAUUGCACCACAUGGUGUCUGUUAAAAAAAAAAAAAAAAAAAAAAAAUUCCCAUAGGGACCUGGAUAUCCCAUUAAUGGGCUUUAUAUUCCUCAUGGCAAAUUAGCUUUACACAGGAAUUUCCAAACAUUGUUUUCUGUUAAGAAGGGAGGAAUACCAUAUAUAAUGUAUAUUUUUUCUACAAUUAGUAGGAAUCAGACAAGGAAAAGGAAAUGUUAUCUAUUCGUACCUUUCUCCCCAAAUUCAGUGUUCUUUCCAUAUGCUCCAUUGUACUCCACUACUCUUCUCCAUGAAAACUAUGAAUUUAUGUUUUUUUUUAGAAAAAUGGAGUUUUCAAAAUGAAAGUCAAAUAAUUUUUUCCAAAGCCAUUUGUGGACUGUUGCAAAUGCAUAAAUAUUCAAAGCUCAUUUUCUGCAGAAACACUUCUGGUAUAUGAAAUUAUUAAACUGUAGAAUGCUAAAGAUCAGAAGGAGCUACAGUUUUUCUUUAAACUUGAAAAAAAAAAUUAAGUAUUAAGGAAAAAGCCUAAAACUCUGGAAACCAGACAUCUGGUCUUUCUCAUGCGUAGGGAGCAGUGUGAAUGAAAGUGAAGUCAAACGGACAGUUUUUUUCUGCAUUAUGCACAAGGUGUUCUAAAUUGUCAGCUUAAGGUUUAGAUGAAGAUAAUCUUUAACUUUGUUUACAAUUUUUGCUAUUUUGCAUUAUCCCCCGUUUUCCAUAAAAAAUAAAGUGAAUAUGUGUGCAUAUUUAUUUUGAAUCAAAAUUAAACUUAUUUUGAGAUUAUUUUGUCACUUCUGAGAUAAUUGGAGACACACAUGUGUGCACGUGUGUGUGUGUGUGAGAGAGAGAGAGAGAGACAGAAACCAAGGGUUGCUGUCACCAAUUCAAGAGGAAGAUAUUAAGCUUUAAACCCACGGGGAAGUAGGUUUUUAGUGUAUAAAGUUAAUGCACAAGGCCAUAAAUUUGGCUUAUCUACAAAAUAUACUCUUCCCUCUCCUUUCAUUAGUGUAUUAAUUUAUCUUUUUUACUCUAAGCCAAUUCACAUCUUUUUCUUUUUAAGAUAGUCUUUUAUUUAAAACACAAUAAAGUUUUCAAUCCCGCUAAGGAGUUCCCCACCUCCUUUUCACACACUGCCCAAAUAUAAAAUUAAUAGCUACAUGGUUUAAAACACUAUACAUUUCAAUAGUCACCUAUUUUUUUAAACCUAUUCCACUGUAAUUAGUAUAUAGAGAUAUCUUUUUUAAAGAGUUGCUGACCAAAACCUAUUCUUCAGAGAAGGUAAUAACCAGAUGAUGAGUUCAAGCAGAAAAAAACAAGUCUGGAAAAUAUGUAGGAGAAAGAGAAGAGAUUACUUUGGGAAACCUUCAAGUUGGAACAAGGGUCCCUCCCACCCCCAUCCCGCCCCAUGUGUUUCUAAACACGUGUUUCUCUUAUAAUUUAGAAGUUAAUUUGUCUGUAUGGGAAAUUUAAUUCCCCAUUGUUAAUAAAAGGGCAUUUAGAGUUUUCUGGGACAAACAUGGGGAUGUGUCAAACUUUGGCAAUUAAGAAGAGGAUUGAUUUGUGGAUUUGACACCUGGCAUUGUGAUCUCCCUUUCUAACUGGAUCUGAGAUUAUAUCCUUACUAAAAUCCAAGAAAAGGAAAAUGACUUCAACAAAACCAGAGGCUCAAAAUGCUUCCGGACAUCACUUUACCUCACAGAGUCAAGUUUCCCUGCUUACAAAGAAAAGGGACCAGGUCCCCUAAGUUAUAGUAAUGUUUCAAAGUUCUUGCUAUUUUAAAAACUGAAAUUCAUGUCUCAGACAAAGAGACUGAGAGUCCGCAAAGUAGUAUCUAGAUUGACUUCAGUAAAAAACAAUAAAUAGUUGCACUGAGAGGAAACAAUGAAAUGUUCUCACUUUAGAAAGUGAUGACUUAGUUUCUUUUUUAUGUAACUGGUCAUUCAGACUCCACUGUAAAACUCAAAGGAUUUUUUGUUAUUUCUCCUUAAAUCUAGGUUAUCAAAGUAGAAAUUUUUCUGAUGUUUUAUACAAUACCACUUUGGGACCAAUGCAGUCACAUUAGAGGGAGACAAAAUUCCUUUCAUAUAUUUUGUCUAGAACAUCUCUAGCUUCUUUCAUCUCCCAAUACCACUUAAUUAUUUUUCAUACCUUGUUCCAGACAUUUUUAAGGUCUGUAGAACUUACAAGCAUUUCCUCGUACUAGAAUACUCCAGCCUAGUAAAAACAAUACUAAGAUGUUCAAAAGAAGCCAAAUCUAGAGCCCUUUAUAAUGAUACCCAAUAAACAGAGGUAGAGAACACUUGGACACCAUUGAUUGAUUCAUUCAUUAACAGAUCUUAUUGACUGCUUUCUGUGUAGCAGGCACAGUUCUGAGCACCAAGAAUACAGCAAUGAAGAAAACAAAACAAAACAAAAAACCUAUGUCCUCACAGAAUUUACAUUCUGAUAGAGGCAGGAAGUAGAGGGGGCUAAAGGCAGACAUAAACAACAGAAAAGUAAUAUGUGGUAUAUCAGAUGGUGAGAAGGGCUAAUAUAGUAUGAACAUCUAAAAUGUCUUAGUACAAGAAAAUAAAGCAGACUUUGUAAUUUUUCAGUAAUAUGAUAGAACUGAGAGUCUCUUUUCCUAUUCAAGGAUCUUGAGUUGGGGUUUUCCAUUGAAGCAGCAUUUCCACUGCUUCUUAUUUGUAAAUUGUGCAAGCUUAAUGAAUAGGUUUAUGAUAAAGGAUGAAAAAAAAGUUCUCGGUACUUCAACAGAUGUUUAUACACAAACAUCCAUAGCAGCAUUAUUCACAACAGCCAAAAGGUGGAAAUAACCCAAAUGUCCACUGAUGGAUGAAUGGAUAAAAUGUGGUGCCUAUAUAUAUGGCGGGACAUUAUUUGGCCUCAUAAAGGAAGAGAAUUCUGACACAUGCUACAACAUGCAUGAAUUUUGAAGACAUAUGCUAAGUGAAAUAAGCCAGACACCAAACGGCAAAUAUUGUAUAAUUUCUCUGAUACGAAGUACUUACAGUAAUCAAAUUCAUAGAACGGUAGUUGCCAGAGGCUAGGGGGGAGGAAGAAUAGGGAGUUAGUAUUUAAUGGGCAUAGAGUUUCAGUUUGGGAAUAUGAAAAAUAUCCAGAGAUGGAUGGUGGUAAUGGUUGUACAGCAGUCUGAAUAUCCUUAAUGCCACUGAACUAUAUGCUUUACAAUGGUUAAAAUUUUUUAUAUUCUGUGUAUUUUACCAUGAUAAAGAAGUCCCUUACUAAACAUAACCUGAACGCUUCCAUAUUGUAAGCGAUUUGAUUUAAAUCUUAUUUGUGAUCAUAUAUAAGCAUACAUAUAAGCAAAGUUAAUUCCUUCUAGAAAAUGUCUAUAAACAUUGUCCUCCAUGUUUUCAAAUUAGUUGAAUGUCUGCCUUUAGAAAGGUUGGUGUUCUGAGUUUUUGGUUGGUUUGUUUUUGUUUUGUCUGUCUAUGAAACUCCUUACAAACAAGCUUCUAGUCCUGGUUCUGCCAUUAACUGCUGCUCAGUUUCUUCAGUGAAUUGAAUUGGACCUCAAUUGUCUAACAGAAUUUUCUGCAGUGGCGGAUAUUAUCUGCACUGUCCAAUAUGGCAGCCACUACCCACAGGUGGCUAUUAAGACUUGAAAUGAAGCCAGUGCAACUGAGAAACUUAAAUUUUAUUUAAAUUCAAUUAUUGGAAAAAUUUUAAGUAUGCCUGGAACAACUUGGGCAUGUGAAUCUACUUUUUUAACUUUAAAUUUUAUAAAAUCUCAAAAGAGAUCAAGUAUUCCAAUGAAAAUUUAGCAUCCCAAAUGGAGGUAUGCUGUAAGUGCAAAAUACACACUGGAUUUCAAAGACAGUGAUACAGUUUAGCUGUGUCCCCACCCAAAUCUUAUCUUGAAUUGUAGUUCCCAUAAUCCCCAUGUGUCAUGGGAGGGACCCAGUGGGAGGUAACUGAAUCAUGGGGGCGGUUUCCCCCAUGCUAUUCUGGUGAUAGUAAGUCCUCACAAGAUCUGAUGGUUUUAUAAGGGGCUUCCCCCUUCACUUGACUCUCAUUCUUCUCCCUGCUGCCAUGUGAAGAAGGAUGUGUUUGCUUCCCCUUUCGCAUCAUUGUAAGUUCCCUGAGGCCUUUCAGCCAUGGUGAACUGUGAGUCAAUUUUACCUCUUUCCUUUAUAAAUUACCCAGUCUUGCAUAUGUCUUUAUUAGCAGCAUGAGAAUUGACUAACACAGACAAUGAAAAAAGAUAUAUUAUUAAAAUUAAUUUUACCUGUUUCUUUUUAUAAAGUAGCUACUAGAAAAUUGAAUCUUACAUAUGUAACUUAAUAUUUUCUUGAACAGCAUUAAACUAGAGAAUUCCUAAGA